AUGGAUCAGUUAAAUAGUGAAGUUUUAUUUUGGAAAGUUUUUAGAAAUUCCAAUAUUAGGUCUUAUAUUUUCAAUACUCAAUAUGAAAAAUUAAUUAAAUAUGGUGAAAUAUUUGAUAGAUUUUCAAAUGAAGAAACCAGUAUCAAGGUUAUAAGAGAAAGAGUGAAAAAUGGUGAGAGGUUUGCAUGUGGAGGUCAAUGUUUGCUCUUUGAUAAAAUAUAUGAAUGCACUGAAGAGAAUGAAGAGUUUUAUAAUCAGUUAUUUAGCAACUAUAGCCCCUAUUUCCAAAUACCAGAGAUAUCACUUCCAUUAAUAAUAGACACAUCAAAUAUAGUUGCAUUCAAAGUGUACAUAAAGAAAUUCAAUGUAAAAAACAAUCAGUUGGACUCAAUAAUAAAUAGAUACUAUAAUCAAUCAGAUGAUCCAGAAUUAAAUAAUUAUCAACAGCUUAAAUAUAAUAUUUAUGAUUUUAAAUCGUUUCAAUUUGUCCACUAUUUACUAUUAACAUAUAAUACUGGAGGAAAUACUAUCGAUUUCAAUAAAAUAAUAGAUAUUUACUAUUAUUUAUUUCAGAUAAGAAAAGUUAAUCUUACAUUAGGUCAAUUAAUAGAACUUUUAAAAUUGUUUAUUCAAAUAAACUUUGAUCAAGGUUCUGCUCAGAGUGCAUAUUUAAUUAUUUCAAGAUAUUUCCCAUUCUUAUAUAACACAUUCAGCGAAACAAUAGAGGUCUUGUUAGCAUUAAUAAAGUUGGAUAAUGUCAAGCUAUUGGAAGCACACUUUCAAGACUGUUUUAUAGUUAGUUCAUUUUUUGGGUCACUAAAUAUACAAAAUUUAAUUCUUAUUAUGCAAUCCAUUAAAUCUUCACAUGUCUUGAAGUUUUUCUUUCAGUAUUAUAAAAAUUGUGCUCUCUUUAACAAUGGAAGUGAAUAUUGGAAGUUUGCAUCAAAUAUACAAGUGGUAGAAAGCUAUGAACAAAUAUUUGCAAAUAAUGAUAAAACCCUAUUAGUCAAUUCAUACACUCAUAAUUUUUCAAGUAAUACAAACGAAAUUAUAUUACUCGAAAGAGCAUUAGAAAACUACUAUGGUUCAACUAGUUCCCAAUCAAUAUAUCUUUUAUCCGAUACAUUUAAUAUCCAUACAUAUUCAAAAAUAAUAAAUAUGAAUUACUUUAAGGCAAUAAAAAAUCAAGAUUCUAUUCUAUCUCUUUUGAAAACUUUACUCAAAUAUAGAGACGAUAUUGAUUUACAAUUGCUUUUAGGUUGCCCAUUCAAAGUGUUGAAUUGGAUAGGUCAAAAUUUAAAAAAGAUAUCCCCACACCCCACCAUUUUAUUUUCAAAAUUUUCAAUAGAAUUAAACAGUGGUUCUCAGCUAUUAGUUUCAUCGGUCCAGUUAUUUUUUUCAUUUUUAUACAGUAAGCAGUUUAAUAAUGCAAUAGAAAUUAUAAGAAUUCAUCCAGAAACUUUCCAAUAUUUUGACUUUGAAGAAACAAAUCACAUUACCAUUCAUUUUAUCAAUGAUUUUUUAGACUUCAUAACCAAUGAAUAUUUCAAUUUAUUAGAAAUUGAAGAAAAGUUUCAAGAAAAGCUAGAAGAAUAUCUAAUAGAUCAACAGAUUCAAAAAAAAUAUUUAAAUCAACUAGUUGGACAAACACUAAUGGUAGAGCUAGAAAAACAAAUAGAAGAUGUGGUUAUUUCAAAAAACUUGGCAUUAACAUUUCAUAAUAGUUUAAAAGAUAAUUUAAAAUAUAUUAUUUGCUCUUUUUUAGAAUUUGCAUCAAGUACUGGUAACAAUUAUUUUUUUAUUAAUAUCUUAAAUGCUAAAUAUAAGAAUUUAUUUAUUAAAAAAUCAAUUAAAAAUGACGAAACUCUUUUAGAUUCAACCACUCUUUCAAAUAUUUUUGCAAAUGCAUUGUUCUCAAAUAAUGUUGAAAUUAAAGAAUUGCUUUUAAAUAGUGAUUUUGUUGAUCAAGAUUUAAAAGAAGAAUUUAUACAAAUGGUCAAAAGUUAUAAUGAUAAAAUAAAUGAUUUUUUUUAA